GCAAAGCACAGCAGAGCAAGCAUAAAUAUCACAAAAUAUUAAAUCAUCAGAUCCUUGGAAAAUGCAGGCAAAGAAAUUUUUUCUACUGUGUCUCACAGUAACGCUUUGGAAUGGAGUCACGCUGUACAAGUCGUAUUCAGGAUAUGAGGUUCUGAAAAUAGGACCUGUGACUGAAUCCGUGCUGAGUGAAUUUUCUGACCUUCAACAUGACGCGCGGUUUGACUUCUGGUCUCGGCCGCGACUCGGCCGCGACAAUUUUGUGAUGGUGUCCUCAGGAAAUGCGCCAGACCUCGCUUCAGCUUUGAGAUCACUGCAGCUCGAUUUCUCCACUUACAUCAAUGACGUUGGCCCACUCGUCACCAAAGAAAUCGAAGAGCAUGAAUUUUUGAAAGCAACUAAGAAGCGGUUGCCAAAAGCUGUAACUUUUGAAAGGUUCACGGAGUUUAAUGAAAUUCAAGAUUACAUGGACGAGGUGAAUGCUGCGUAUCCAAAUUUGACCACGAUUGUCGAUUUGGAGACGACUUUCCUGGGCAAAAAUAUUAGAGGACUGCGUCUAUCCAACGGCCCUGGCAAAAGGUUGGUCAUCAUGGAUUGCGCCUUGCACGCUCGUGAGUGGAUGGCUCCACCUGUUUGCCUGAAAACUAUUACUGAGCUGCUGGACAACUACGAAAGCAACAAAGAAUUACUUGAUUCGGUCGACUGGCUCGUCAUUCCAAUCGCAAAUCCAGAUGGUUACGUGUACUCGUUUUCAACGGAUCGAUUCUGGCGCAAAAACCGCAAAAUCGACCUGAGUUCUCCUUGUUUUGGAGUCGAUCCAAACAGAAAUUUCGAUUUUCAUUGGGGAGGAGAAAAUGUGUCUGAUCCAUGCAGUUUGACUUAUCCUGGAACUGGUCCAUUCAGUGAAAAGGAGAGCUUGGCAGUUGGUAACCAGCUGCUGGCUAACUCGGGAAACAUUGCAAUUUACCUGGCCAUUCACAGCUACGGAGAGCUGAUUCUAUUCCCUUGGGGCUACACGACAGAACUGCCUCCCAAUGCUCCAGAGUUGCGCGCAACCGGGAAUGAGGCCGCAGCGGCAGUGUUUGCGCACCGAGGCAUGGAAUACACCACAGGCACUUCUGCUGGACUUCUUUAUCUACAGUUCGGUGCCGCUGACGAUUUCGCAAUGGGGAUGGCCAACGUGCCCUACUCGUACACAUGGGAGCUGCCUGGCGGCGGCACUGGCGGCUUUAACCCUCCUGCUUCUGAAAUAAUCCCUGUUGUGACAGAGACGUGGGACGGGAUCGUUAGCAUGGUGCGCAGGGCGGCCGCAAAUUGACAAUUACCGGUUUUAUGUGUUGCCUAAUAAAAACGAAUGUUUCAUUUUUUAUUUA